GGGCCACCAAACGCAGCAGUAGGUCUCGAAACAGCUGUUCCACAUGGUCUGUCACGACUAAAAGUCUCUGUAUGUGUACACUUUCAUCGUGGAUCGAUUUCUAUUUAUUCUGUCCAGCGUGAAAGGCGACACAAGAAGAGGACUUUUACAAGAGAAACUCAACCGCCAUCAGUUGCACAAGGAUCCAUUGCCACUGGAAAUUCGGGACUUGGCAAUCCUUCCGGAGACGAUAAUCCAAAAGAAAUGGGCGGACUACGUAACCGGUUAUUAUGCCGUUUCGUUAGCUCGACGUGCUUCCAGAUGAACCGGCGCAAAAAAUUGGGAGAAAAUCUUAUGGAAACACCUUUGCGAAGAUGUCUGUCAACUUUAGACAUAACAAUGCUCGGUAUUGGACAUAUGGUCGGAGCCGGUAUUUAUGUCUUGACUGGUACCGUGGCUCAUAGUAUGGCCGGUCCGGCCAUUAUUUUGAGCUUUCUCAUAGCCGGUUUCGCUUCCGUUUUGGCCGCUUUGUGCUACGCCGAAUUCGGUAGCCGGGUACCAAAGGCCGGUUCUGCUUAUGUUUACACUUAUGUCACAAUCGGAGAAUUCUGGGCGUUUGUCAUCGGCUGGAACAUACUUCUAGAGCAUAUGAUAGGUGCGGCUUCAGUGGCCAGAGCAUGGAGUGGCUACGUGGAUGCGUUAGCUGGAGGAGUAAUCGCUAAUGCAACCGCCGGAGUUUUCGGUGAAAUUCACAACGACAUGAUGGCCAAAACACCAGAUUUCUUAGCCUUUGCAGUUUGUCUGGCUUAUUGCGGGUUAUCUACUUUGGGAGUCAAAGGCUCUUCCUACUUUAACAGCUUCUUCACUAUGAUAAACAUUGCGGUCGUUGUCUUUGUCAGUGGAUUCGGUUUCUAUUGGGCUGAUUACCACAACUGGACUGAUUACGGUGGGUUCACGCCCUUUGGGUUCUCGGGCAUCUUAAGCGGGGCGGCUACCUGUUUCUACGCGUACGUGGGGUUCGACAGCAUCGCCACCUCGGGAGAAGAGGCUCGUGACCCAAGUUUCUCUAUCCCGGUGGCAACUUUCGUUUCGAUGAGCGUCGUUUCGGUGGGUUACAUGUGCGUUUCGGCUGCUCUCACGCUGAUGGUGCCCUAUACGCUCAUCAACCCGACGGCUGCUUUACCUGACGCUUUCGCCUCUCACGGCAUCACCUGGGCUCGAAUCAUCAUCAGCGUCGGUGCGCUGGCCGGCAUGACGACCACACUUUUCGGAUCCCUGUUUUCUCUUCCACGUGGAGUCUACUCCAUGGCGCAAGACGGUCUCCUCUUUAAAGUAUUCGCCAAAGUCAGUGAGAAGACCCAAGUGCCGCUCGUCACUAUUGGCGUCUGCGGCUUCUUGAGCGCCCUUGUGGCCCUUUUCUUCGAUAUUGAAAAAUUGGUCGAGUUCAUGUCGAUUGGCACUCUUAUGGCCUACACGAUUGUUUCGGCAGCUGUUAUUAUCCUACGCUAUCGCCCGCUUGUCAACAAAUCUGAUGUACUCCCGUUAACGGAGAGCCCAACGUCACCUGGAAGUGCCAAGGAUUUUGUCGAUAUGUUGAAUGAAGCAGGACGAUUGAAGCCGAAAUUCUACUGGAUUGAAAGAAUUAUUGGCAGCUAUGAACCGGGUGUUCUUCCAGCCACUUGUGUCUUUAUUUUCACCGUCAGCUGCGCGUGCAUUUUCGCUAUUCUUCAAUGGGGAGGAAGGGCCGUCUACCAUCCAAACGGUCCAGAAUGGUGGCUGGCUGUAUUACUAACUUUCCUCGUUGCAGUUUCUCUCAUUACACUAGUCCUUAUUGCUGUUCACAAUCAGUCGACCGAAGGUUUACGAUUCAAAGUUCCUUGGGUUCCGACUCUUCCGGCUCUAUCCAUCGCAGCUAAUGUCGCUCUUAUGGUGAAUUUAAAUCCGAUGACGUGGGUUCGUUUCGCCAUUUGGAUGUCUAUAGGUUUUGUGAUUUACUUUGCUUACGGAAUGCGUCACAGCAAGGAAAACGCCACAGUCAGCUCUUACUCUGGCUUACUGAAAUCCAACUCGCGUACGGGCGAGUGGGGUUCCACUCUGACGGCCAAGGAUCUUCCUAGUACACCUUCCUCUCAAACAGAAAAUUAAAACGCUAUUUUAAAAGUCGCUAUACCUACGUCAAUGUUUAAAGUUUAGAUCUAUUUAAAAAGAGAAAUUCGUUCUUAACUAUUCAGUCACCUUUCACAUUGUAUUACGGGCCACUGCAAAAAAAGAGGAGAGAAAAUGGCCGGAAUACACGUAUUAUAUGCAACAGGCAA